UUAGAUGGACUUUAUUUCAAUAACAGUAUUGACCUUCAUAUACAAGCACAGCUUGGAGUGACUGAUUGCUCGAAGUUUGAAUGGUGGAUUGUCCAGGUGGUUUAUUCUAACGCUGACAUGUUGCAGGAAAUGUGAAAGUCUUUAUUUUCGACUGAACUCGACAACAUUUGAAAAACAUUUGUGCAAAUGAGCAUAAAGCAAAAUACAAAACCCUGAAUUAGUUUUCACUAAGAGCAAGUAUAUUUACAGCAAAACAUUUUAUCAAUUUAAUUCUUAGUUGAAGUGAAAAUAUUGGAGACAGUUAAUUUGGGUUUGGAGACAUUUCAAUUAUUAACAUGAAUAAAAAACACUAUGAGUCUGCAGUUGUCGACUAUGCGCCAUGCAGGCAGCAUGCACACACACACACAUACAAGCACGCACACACACACACAUAUGUACAUCCUUAGUCUUUCACACAAAGAGACAAAUGUCCUCUGGGUGUUUCGCACGGACUCUGCAGAGCCUCGGUGGCGGAGCGGGUCCAAUAUGAAAGUCUGCGUCUGCCUCCAAUUCAAAUCAAACGUGAUAAUUGCCUGAGUUUUAUUGAGCAGCCUGCGUGUGUGAAAGUCCCGCGAUGCCCCCGCGUUGUGUGUUCAGACCAAUUUCAAGUCCGCGUCGUAGGUGUCGCUGUUGACCACGUCUGCAUCCGCGGCGCAGAGCGAGUGCGGGGAGAGAGGAGGCUGCGUCUCAAGGCCAUUUUCAAAUCUCAUUGGUGGGCUCGUCAUGUGGUCGGGAGGCAUCCUGACUUGCAGGGAGAUUGUUUUUCCUAGAUAUGUCAGCUUCCACAGGACAUCUCUCUCCUCCAAAGAGCUUAACCCCCAAAAAUGUCCUUCCCCGGUAGCUCUCCUGCGGCCAACACCUUCUUGGUGGACUCUUUAAUUGGUGCGUGCAGGACGGACAGCUUCUACUCCGGCAGCAGCAACAUGUACAUGCCGUCCGGCUCAGACAUGGGAACUUACGGAAUGCAAACCUGUGGACUCCUGCCGUCUUUCGGCAAGAGAGGGGAGCUCAACCACCAAAACAUGGGCAUGAACGUGCACUCCUACAUACCUCAACUAGAUAACUGGACUGAUCCGAGCAGACCCUGCAGGAUAGAGCCGUCAAGUCAGAUGACAAACUGUUCAUUCUCACAGAGCAUAAAGGAAGAGAGUAACUGCUGCAUGUACUCCGAUAAGAGAGUGCAAAAAGUCAGCCUGACAGAAGUCCCUGCUUAUCCCAAUGUCGCCCCCGAGUCCUGUCCCGUCGACGGCCCCGAGAUCCCGGUGCCGGGCUAUUUCAGACUGAGCCAAACUUACGCGAAUGGGAAGCACCAGGACAACUACUGCCAUGAGCCGCCGAGUCCAAACCCAACACUGAUGCAGCUCAGCCGGCUCACCCCAAAACCGCAGUCCACUUCCUCCACGUCCUCCACGUCGUCUAAUUUUGCAGAGGUCGAGAAGAAAAGUGAGGACUUGCGGCACGACCCCGAGAACUCCAGGACCCCGGUACCCGCAGAGAGUCCGGAUCCAAAGUCUGGCUCGGAGGAGAAGAGCUGCUCCGUGGACAUGGAGGCGCCGGUAUCCAGUCCUGAGCUGCUGCAGCAGAAGGAAGGGAAAGAUUGCAAGAGCGACACGCCGACCAGCAACUGGUUAACAGCGAAGAGUGGGAGAAAGAAGAGAUGCCCUUACACAAAGCACCAGACCUUGGAGUUGGAGAAGGAGUUUCUCUUCAAUAUGUAUCUGACCCGAGAGCGCCGCCUAGAGAUCAGCCGGUGCGUCAACCUGACUGACAGGCAGGUCAAGAUCUGGUUUCAGAACCGCAGGAUGAAGCUGAAGAAGAUGAACAGGGAAAACCGCAUCCGUGAACUGACCUCAAAUCUCACCUUUUCGUGAGCUCGCAUGCUCUCAGUGGUUAAAGCUGUUUUUUUUUAUAUGUCUCUUCGUGUUCAGUUCAGUUCACUUUUUGGUGGCAUUGGACGUUCAUUCUCAAUUUCAGCGAAACUGUGACUAUAUAUAUUUCAGUACUUUGUGUGGCAUCUUGUAUUCUAUUUGUUUCAUUUAUUAUUUUGUUAUUGUAUCACAUCAGGGUAAGAUUUUGUGUUGUUAAAUUAUUGGAGACUUCUUCCUCUCCCCUCUGCCCGUAUAUGGAUAUAAAUCUAUUGUGUCGGGGUGGUGGUGGUGAGCUGUGUGUGGGAAAAGACGUUGCUUUUAUUUCAGUCAUGAAAGCACAUUUAUUGUCGUAUAGUGCAACAUUUGUUUUACAGUGUGUGCAAGCCAUUUGCUCAGUAGUGAAAUGUUUCUAUGGGCCUUUUAAAAGUGAAGGAAAACAGUGUUAAUCUGUGAAUUUACUGCAUGUUUGUGGCAUGUAUCUUGCAAUAAAUAGA